AUGGUCAGCUCGAUCGCGAUCCUACCAGGCACCGGAAAACAAGGGCAGGCAGCUAUCAAGGUGUUCCGUGAUCGCGGCUACACUGUACACACUUUAGUCCGAAAUCCAUCAUCAGAUGUUUCGCAGGAAUUGCAGUCCCUUGGUGCAAUUGUGCAUAAAGGCGAUCUUACGGACAUAAAAUCUAUAGAAGCAUCCCUCAAUGGCACCGAGGCUCUCUUCUUCGCUAUUUCCGCCCAUCCACACAACGAAAUCCUAUUUGCGAAGAACAUCCUGGCAGCCGCUUCGAACUCAAAUGUACAGAGCAUUGUGUACUCGAGUGUAGCUCGCGCCGGAGAGCAUGAGAGUUUCCCUGGCUGGGAUGCGGACAGCUAUCCACUAGGAUGGUACUGGAUGAACAAGCAGACAAUAGAAGGGUUAGUGAGAACGUCCAAGUUCACUUGUUGGACCAUUCUGCGCCCUGCUUUCUUCAUCCAGAACUUCUGUCGCCCUGAAGUCGAGCAUAUGUUUCCCGGCCUAGCAGAGAAGCAGCGUUUAUCUGUAGCGUAUACGCCUUCAACUCAACUUGAUCUCAUCGACACCCAAGAUAUCGCUAAGUUUGCGGCUGCAGCCUUCGAAGAGCCCGAAACAUUUUCGGGACAGGAAAUCCCGCUCGCGAGUGAGAAAAUGACUGCUACGGAGCUUGCUGAGGUUCUUGGAACGAUAAGUGGCAAGGUAGUUGACGUUCACUAUAUGAGUGACGACGAGGUACCAGAGCUUUUAGCUAAGGGAUAUCGAGCCGUUCAAGCACAGCAAUGGCACAGGGAUGUAGGCUAUGCUGUGGAUCCACAGGAAGUCAAGCAAUAUGGUGUCACACUUGCGCCGGUGCAGAAAGUGCUUGAACGUGAUGGGUUAGGGUGGUAG